AUGCGUAAUCUCACUGCAGAGGCCGGCAAGAGCAGAGCCAGCACCGGCAGACUAGAGCGACAGAUGGGCUUUCGCACUGGCCGCAUCUUCACUCGAACAUGGGAAGAUGGACCUUUUGAGGCUCUACGUUGGGAGGUCGAUCCCAUUAUCGAUCAAGUGUCCGAGGCCAUAGAAUCAACCGAGCUCGACAUCACUGCAGAUGCGAAGUCCAGAAUCGAACGCGCCUUCGAAGUGCUCGCACCGACUCUAUGGCCUUCCGCGGACACCGACAGAACUGCCUGGCUUGUAGAAGCUGCUUCGAACAACUGGGAUGGCCUCUACCCGCGGGACCUGUAUCAUGACGAGGAAGAAGAUCACGAAAUUCUCCAAGACUUCUUCGUGGCGUGGAUCGCCGAAAAGUGCCGGACCCGGGCUCGAAAUCUUCAACAUGGACUGUGCAAGUCCAAAUCUGGCGCAGGCGUUGCAGUAGAGCGAAAAUCGGUCAAAAGAGCAGUUCAUCAUCAAUUCGGGGAUGACAAUGAGUACGAGCCACCGGGACGUUCACGCAAGCGUCCAAAGACCUCCGUUCUUGAGAACGCAGCAAGUGCAAUCGAGUCGACAGUGCAUCCUGGAGACAUCGCUGCUCCCGACAGACUGGCAACAGUCGCAGCAGUCUAUGGUCCAUCAGAUGACCAUGUGAGCAGCCUCAGCUCCGAUGUUUCGGACUGUACGAGGUCUUCCGUGCGCUGCGAUGCGGGAGUCUCCACUACUCCAACAACAACGACACGACAGGGAACUGCUGAGCCGAGUGCCCAGGCCUGUGUUAUCACCAGUCUGAUCCGAAACAUAAACGCAAGCCCGGACUCUGAUGUUGAGAACACUUGGAAUGAGCAGACCGCGCCAACGCCCAAUCCGGUAUGCAGCAGAAAGGCAAGCUCAAUCCCGCAGUCUGAAGCCCGAGGAGAGGAUGAUGCGACAGACAUGGCCCAGGAGCAAGACGAGAGCAGCAGAAAUGCAAGCCUGGCUCCGCGUUUGGAUACCAGAAUGGAGAAUGAGACGGCAAGCGUGCUCCAUGCGCGAGAUGGAAGCAGCAUAAAUAAGAGCUCAAUCCCGCAUCUGGGACCCAGAGGUGAGGAUGACACGGCAAGCAUGCUCCGGAAUGAGGACGAGAGCAGCACUUAUGCUGAGCAACUGACCUUAUUCAAUGCCAUCCAUGCUGUUUCCGCUUCUUCGCGUAGUCGUGCGCCAAAGAUGGAUCUUUCGAGACAAGCACAAGUCCAAAUGUCCCCUCGCGAUACUGAACACGGACCAAUAUCGGCGUUGCCAUCUAUCGAGGCUCCGUUAAGGCGUUCCAAGUCUCGGGAGAGGCCAGCCGCAGGGCCUUCCCCUUAUCUCGCGACGGAGAGUACCUCCAGGCAGCAAAGCACCGGCUCUGCAAUGACACAUGCCGACUCCAGCACCGGACAACAUGAUAAUCUUGGUCGCGCUACUUUUCGCAUCAACUGGAAUACACCUUCUCACUGGGACGCGAAGCUCGAUGUCGACGACUAUGCCGAAAUGCAGGACCUCCCUACUGUUGAAGCCUUCUUCCAGCUCGUUGAAGCUCAUGUGCCUCAGGAGGUGGCCCAGUUUGGGGGUCGCAUUGCUCAGCUUAAGGUACAAGCGUUGGAAGCAGGAGGCGAUGGUCCAAGACUGGAUCGUCGGAUACUUCGGGGCGACGGAGGACGAGCUGCUAUGAAGCAGAUGUUGAAGAAACUGCGGGUGCGGUGCGAAAUUGAAGAUCCGGAGCUGGAGGUUGAGGUCGUGUGGGCUUGA